UGGGGCGGGGUGGGGGCGGCCGGGAGGGAGGCGAGGUGGCCUGCCAGUCCCCGCGUUCGCCGGGGUUCCGGAGAAUAAUAUCGCAAGUGACAGCCAGAAGUAGACUUUCUGUGCUCGCUUCGAAGAACCCGAGCAAGCGGGAGGGAGGAAGAGAACCCUUUUUUCCCUCUCUCUCGCUCUCCUUUCUGGAGACCUUGUCCGCAGUGAUUUAUUUAUUUUUUUCUUUUUAAGAGAUUCUUCAGUCACCACCUCGCCUCCCCAGCACCGCCACAGUGUACAGCUCCUAACGGGUUUUGCUUUGUUUUUACGAUACCCCCCCCACGAAUCACUUGUCAGAUCAAUUUUAUCUUCUCCCUCCUCUCUGCUUCCCACUCUCCCCUCCUCCCCAUCGAAAACCCUGUUCUUUGAGGUUAGACGUUUUACAAACCAUAUGUGUGUGUGUGUGUGUGUGUGUGUGUGUGUGUGUUGUUUUCCGAAUUGUGAUUUUUUUAAAAGACCUUUUCCCAUGGCUACUCCUGUAGACGUUUAUUUCUGCCCUUCCCCCGCUUGGGGGGGGCGGGAGUAGGGGAAGAGAAAAUAAUACAAUUUCAGGGGAAGUCGCCUUCAGGUCUGCUGCCUUUUUUUUUUUUUUUUUUUUUUUUUUUUAAUUAAAAAGAAGGGAUAUAGAAAACAUCAGUCUUGAACUUCACUUCAAGAACCCCGGGCUGCAAAGGAAAUCUCCUUUGUUUUUGUUAUUUAUAUGCUGUCAAGUUUUGAAGUGGUGAGUUUCAGGUGAUCUUUAGAGAGUGACUGAGUAUGGAUCAUUUGAACGAGACAACUCAGGGGAAAGAACAUUCAGAAAUGUCUAACAAUGUGAGUGAUCCAAAGGGUCCGCCAGCCAAGAUUGCCCGCCUGGAGCAGAACGGGAGCCCACUAGGAAGAGGCAGGCUUGGGAGUACAGGUGCAAAAAUGCAGGGAGUGCCUUUAAAACACUCGGGCCAUCUGAUGAAAACCAGCCUUAGGAAAGGAACCAUGUUACCAGUUUUCUGCGUGGUGGAACAUUAUGAAAACGCCAUUGAAUAUGAUUGCAAGGAGGAGCAUGCGGAAUUUGUGUUGGUGAGAAAGGAUAUGCUUUUCAACCAGCUGAUAGAAAUGGCAUUGCUGUCUCUAGGUUAUUCCCAUAGCUCUGCUGCCCAGGCCAAAGGGCUAAUCCAGGUUGGAAAGUGGAAUCCAGUCCCACUGUCUUACGUGACAGAUGCCCCUGAUGCUACCGUAGCAGAUAUGCUUCAAGAUGUGUAUCAUGUGGUCACAUUGAAAAUUCAGUUACACAGUUGCCCCAAACUAGAAGACUUGCCUCCUGAACAAUGGUCGCACACCACAGUAAGGAAUGCUCUGAAGGACUUACUCAAAGAUAUGAAUCAGAGUUCGUUGGCCAAGGAGUGCCCCCUUUCACAGAGUAUGAUUUCUUCCAUUGUGAACAGCACUUACUAUGCAAAUGUCUCAGCAGCAAAAUGUCAAGAAUUUGGAAGGUGGUACAAACAUUUCAAGAAGACAAAAGAUAUGAUGGUUGAAAUGGAUAGUCUCUCCGAACUAUCCCAGCAAGGUGCCAACCAUGUCAACUUUGGCCAGCAGCCGGUCCCCGGGAACACAGCCGAGCAGCCGCCAUCCCCCGCGCAGCUCUCCCACGGCAGCCAGCCCUCUGUCCGGACCCCUCUUCCGAACCUGCACCCUGGGCUUGUGUCCACGCCUAUCAGUCCUCAGUUGGUCAACCAGCAGCUAGUGAUGGCUCAGCUGCUGAACCAGCAGUAUGCAGUGAAUAGACUCUUAGCCCAGCAGUCCUUAAACCAACAGUACUUGAACCAUCCUCCCCCCGUCAGUAGAUCUAUGAAUAAGCCUUUGGAGCAGCAGGUUUCAACCAACACAGAGGUGUCUUCCGAGAUCUACCAGUGGGUACGCGAUGAGCUAAAACGAGCAGGAAUCUCCCAGGCAGUAUUUGCACGCGUGGCUUUUAACAGAACUCAGGGCUUGCUUUCCGAAAUCCUCCGGAAGGAAGAGGAUCCCAAGACCGCAUCCCAGUCUUUGCUGGUAAACCUUCGGGCUAUGCAGAAUUUCUUGCAAUUACCAGAAGCCGAAAGAGACCGAAUAUACCAGGAUGAAAGGGAAAGGAGCUUGAACGCAGCCUCGGCCAUGGGUCCUGCACCCCUGAUAAGCACACCGCCCAGCCGCCCUCCCCAGGUGAAAACAGCUACGAUUGCCUCUGAGAGGAAUGGGAAACCAGAGAACAAUACCAUGAACAUUAAUGCAUCCAUUUAUGAUGAGAUUCAGCAGGAAAUGAAGCGUGCUAAAGUGUCCCAAGCACUGUUUGCAAAGGUUGCAGCAACCAAAAGCCAGGGAUGGCUGUGUGAGCUGUUACGCUGGAAAGAAGAUCCUUCUCCCGAAAAUAGGACCCUGUGGGAGAACCUGUCCAUGAUCCGAAGGUUCCUCAGUCUUCCUCAGCCAGAGCGCGAUGCCAUUUAUGAACAGGAAAGCAAUGCUGUACAUCACCAUGGCGACAGGCCGCCCCACAUCAUCCAUGUUCCAGCCGAGCAGAUUCAGCAGCAGCAGCAGCAACAGCAGCAGCAGCAGCCGCCACCAGCCCCACCGCAGCCGCAGCCACAGCCACAGGCUCAGGCAGGCCCUCGGCUCCCCCCACGGCAGCCCACCGUGGCCUCACCCGCCGAGUCUGAUGAGGAGAACCGGCAGAAGACCCGGCCACGAACCAAAAUUUCAGUGGAAGCCCUGGGCAUCCUCCAGAGCUUCAUACAAGACGUGGGCCUGUACCCAGACGAGGAAGCUAUCCAGACUCUGUCCGCCCAGCUCGACCUCCCCAAGUACACCAUCAUCAAGUUCUUCCAGAACCAGCGGUACUAUCUCAAGCACCAUGGCAAACUGAAGGACAACUCGGGGCUGGAAGUGGAUGUGGCAGAAUACAAAGAAGAGGAGUUGCUUAAGGAUUUAGAAGAGAGCGCCCAAGAUAAGAAUGCCAACACCCUUUUUUCAGUGAAACUAGAAGAAGAGCUGUCAGUGGAAGGAAACACAGACAUUAAUGCCGAUUUGAAAGACUGAGAUAGAAGUGUUAUUUUCAUUCAACAGUGCCACUGGUAUUUACUAACAAAAUCAAAGUCCACCUUGUAUUUGCUCAGAAAACCUUUGUUGUUCAUUGUUUGGCCAAUGAAUCUUCAGAAACUUGCACAAACAGGACAGUUGGGAAAGGAUGGUACAGACUGCACUAAAUGUUUUACUGUUUUAUAAACUGCUCUGCAGUCCCAGGUGAAGCAUCGAGGAUUGUUUGGUAUUAAAGUUUGUGUUCAAGGGGUGCACCACGGUGUGCACCCCGUAAGCAUGAUACCAGAGAUUUUUUUUUAAAAAUUAUUAUUAUUCUGGAGCCUCAGACAAGCAUUAUAACUUCUGUGAUUAUGAUUUCCUCUCCUUCAGUAAUUUCUGUAACACUUCACACUGAUCUUUGAAAACUCGCCCCUUAUUUUAAAAAAGAAAAAAAAAGAGUUUGUUACUCUAUUGUAUGUUACAAAAGAACUAUAGACUGUGGAAUGCAGUUUAAAGAUGACAUAUGCCAACAAAUGCCUUGUAUUAUAUGGCACUGCCGUAAUUCAAAUUUGUUUUUAUUUUGGGAAUAAAAGUUCACUGUAAUUUUUUU